CGCAUGCGGCCUGACUGACCAACAACAUCAGGGAGAAAAGAAGAUGGCGGAGGAUGGGAAGGGAGAGCCGGUGGCUACUGAUGACGAUUCAGAGCAUCUGGCUGUAGACGGGAGCUCUAACAACACGAUGGUGGAGGAGAGCUGCACCCUCCUGCGCAGGAUGGAGAUCUGUGUUGCUGAGGCUGAGAAAAGGAGUGGCAAAAAUGCAGUGAACAUGCAGGAGACGUUCACCGUGUACCUCAUCGAAACACGGCCAAUGGAUGCAGUGGCUGAAGGUCGUAACCCAGCCCCUGACUCUCUGUGGAGACGGUACAGUGAAUUUGAACUGCUGCGGAGCUACCUCGUAGUUACAUAUCCAUACAUCGUGGUCCCCCCUCUGCCGGAGAAGAGGGCAGAGUUUGUGUGGCACAAGCUGUCAGCAGACAACAUGGACCCAGACUUUGUGGAACGCCGCAGGGUGGGGCUGGAGAACUUUCUGCUUCGCGUGGCUUCUCAUCCAGUCCUCUCGAAUGACAAGAUCCUCUACCACUUCCUCACUGAGGAACAUGGCUGGAAAGAAGUGGUGUAUGAGACAGGAUUUCAGGCGAAGGCAGAUUCCAGGCUGAGAGCUCUUAGUGCCACCUUCCGGGUGAGAAAUACUGAUAAGCGUUUCAUGGAUAUGAAACACUACAGUGAUGAGCUGCAGUCUCACACAUCUCAGCUGCUGCGAGCAAGAGCAAGGGUCGCUGAUCGACUCUAUGGUGUUUUCAAGGUCCAUGGGAACUAUGGAAGAGUUUUCAGUGAGUGGAGUGCCAUAGAGAAAGAGAUGGGAGAUGGACUGCAAAGUGCUGGUCAUCAUAUGGAUGCAUAUGCCGCCUCAAUAGAUGAUAUCUUAGAAGAGGAGGAACAUUAUGCAGACCAGCUGAAAGAAUAUCUCUUUUAUGCUGAAGCUCUGAGGGCAGUGUGCAGGAAACAUGAGCUGACCCAGUUUGAGCUUGAAAUGGCCUCUCAGGACCUCAUCUCCAAGAAGCAGCAACGUGAGGAGCUAGCUACAGGGUGCGAACGAUUCUCCUUCAAAGGCAUGACCAACAAGCUGUUUGGACAGGAGGCGCCUGAGCAGAGGGAGGCCAGACUGAAGCUGCUGGAGGAGCUGAUAGCAGAGGGUGAAGAGGCAGUUAAGGAGAAGACGGUCGAGUGCGAGGAGCAUGUUGAAAGGGCAUGGGUGGACAUGCAGCGCUUCGAGGAGCAGAAAGACAAAGAUCUGCGGGAAGCACUCAUCAACUACGCCGUCAUGCAAAUCAGCAUGUGCAAGAAGGGAAUACAAGUGUGGAGCAAUGCCAAAGAAUGUUUCCUCAAGAUGUAAAGUUGAAGCCCAUAUUUAAAGGAUUUCCACCCUCUGAUGCUCAGGUGUGGAUGCUGGGGCAGUGAUGCCAGUGUCAGCAGGUUCAGGUUUGAAAACAACAUCACUAAUGUAGCAAAAUGUGUAAUUUCAUUUUUAUGCAGCUAAUUUGUUACAGUGAUUCACAUAUGUGGAAUGAAAACGCUUUGAGAGGUGGUAGAUCACACAAAGCACAUGAUUUGGACACUGGAGAUCAGGGUUCACAGGUGUAACUUCUUCAAUAUGUUAACAAGGACCAGUUUUCUUUAACCUUAAACAGGUGCUUCACCAGUUUACUUUAAAGUACAUUAACUUGUGAAGUUUGACAGACGUGGGCAUUUACCAGGCAGGGAAAGACACUUUCAGGUUGUUUAUGGGAUGUGUAGGAUCCAGGAUUUUCACUCAUACGAGGGACUAAAUAUCUGAUUAUCUCAGAUUGGUGCUUUUACACCUAUGUAACCUGUUAUGUUUGGUGCAUUUGCCCAUUUAGUCAAGUUUGUUUGGGCUGGAGUGGAACCUGCCAAUCAAACUCUGGUACAGGCCGAACACCCAGAUCAAGGCCACCUGAGAAGGAGGGUCUGACAGUAGAUGUGAUUUUAACAUGAUGUGAAUUUAACAUGAAUUUAAAAGAUAAGUCAGUCUUUAUUUUUGUUAAACUGUCUAACUUGCUUUAGAGAGAGCAAAGAGCUGAAAUUAAGAUUGACCAAACAUUACAGAUCAGACUAACAUAUCUGUGCAAAACUGGCCCCAGAGCUGUAUUAUGUGUUGUAUCAGUUCUUCAUUAAAAUCUAGUGAAAUUCAACAACUGCACAGUCACUAUCCCUCCAUAACUGUCUGUCCUAUUAAAGCUUAUAAAUCAGUUAUAUCUUGGUGAGGCGCUCUGUGACACCAGAGAACAUAAAUGGACACAUCAGUAUCAGUUUAAGUGCAGCAACUGCUGUCAGUUAUCAGAUGUUGAUUUCCUUGCAUGGGUCCAGGUAGUGCUGAUUUCAGUCGCCAAACCUGUCAUAUGACUUCACUUGUCCUGGUUCAUUUGUAAUAAGUCAACAGAGGGAUCUGAACUAAAGGCAAAUGUGUCAUAUUUUUCCUUGGUCUGAAUCACAGGUGUGAAAGUAACCUGAGGUGUGUGAAGGCAUCUUAAGUACACUAUAGUGCUUAACAGCAUGUAAUCAUGCUUAAGAUGCUAGGAAUGGGUAUGACAUUGAAAACAAAUAUGUAUAUAAAUUAUUCUAUAAAUUAUGAUUGAAAAAUGCAUCACAUCUCCACUUCCCUCUGCGAGGUGUGUGUGUGUGAGGUAACUGCGUAUAUCUAUGCUUUAAAUGAGUAAAUGUAACUACAGAGGGGACAAGAUGUUGAUAAUGUGUAGUGAUGUGUGGGGCGAUGUACUAACGUACAGUAAGCUGCACAUAUAAAUAAUAAUAUUUAAUCUGAGAUGAUUUUAUUAGAGUUUAACUGAAUUUGACUUUCAUUUGUUGACUUCUUAUCCUGUAUCUUACAUGAUCCUUAUGUUAUUUAAAUCAUAUUUUAUUUCCUGUUUUGAAUGCUUGCCAGCAAUAAGCUUUGUGAGUGUAUUUAAGAAGUUUGGAUGUAGCUCUUGUUUUUUUCUGUUUAUUUGAAUAAAAAAGUGUCACACCACCAA